ACAAGUUGUAUGAGUUCAAAUCAUCAAAACAAUAUGCCUGUCGAAAGUUUAAUUCUCUCAAUAUUCAAUUUAUUCAUGGACAAAGCUGGAGAUGAGACAUUAGACAACCUUCAAAACGGUGACGUCGCUAAUGAAAGAUUUCACGAUGUUUUUAAGCAAGAUUUACACGACAUCAAAACUAAGCUCGAUAAUCAUUCGAAAAUAGAUCUUUGCUCCAGUUUAGACUACUUGGAGGAAGGAUUUCUUCAACUUUUUAAAUGCUUUGAUGAAGUGGAAGGUAAUGUAGCAUGUGAAGAAGAAAGUAAUACCGACAAAUCUCACACAACUUGUGGUGCCAUCACCACCAGGUAUGAACUUUCCAGUGUCAUACAAAAUUCAAGUCUUUUUGAAUCAGCAAAGAAUCGAUUUAAAGAUGCCCGUAAAGAAGCUACAAGAGCUUUCAACAACGAAAAUUUAAGUUUGGAAGACAGAAUAUUUGCCACUGCUGUGAAAGUCAUGGCUCAAAUUUUUGAAUGUCCCGAGCUCCCAGAAAAUGCAGUUGAUUUGUGUUUGACAUAUAUAAAAAGGCUGCAUCAGUUGGAUGGUGUUAGUGAAAUGUUUUCUGUUUUUAUCGAUGGUGGCUUGAAAGCAAUGUUCAAAAAAUCCCAAAGAAAGGACAAUAUACAGUCUGUCAUCCUUCUCAAUCAUCAUUUAUAUCAGUUUAUUGUUAAGAUCAAAAACAAUCACGAUCAUUCAUCAAAUUGGCCAGGUAUUAUACUUGAAGAAGAAAAAAUGUUUAAUCCAUUAUUGGACUGGCGCAAUAAAUUUACUCUUGAGUCUUGGAGUAAAAAGUUGUUUAAACCUUCCAAAGAAAUUGAAAAAAUUGAAUCCACGAUGUUUCGAAUUUUGGAAAAGUUGACAGUAAAUGAACAUUUUGCUCCAUCAUUGAAAUCACCAGUUGAUUUGGUGAUGGACUUAAUAAGAGAUGAUAUUCUGGUUGCUGGAGGUUACCCAGUCUUUUUAGGAAUUGUCGAAAUAUUUUCAUGGAGGAAAAAAAAAUGGUUUAAGAUUGCAACAAUGCAAAAUGAACACAGCUAUGCUUCAUCAUUUAUUUUCAAUGAUAAUUUAUUUGUUGUUGGAGGUUAUGACUGCAAGUCAAUAGAGACAUUAAAUCUCAAUGAACCAUUGACAUGGAAGACAUUUUUUGGAGAGCUUGUGGAUGAAUGUUGGAGUCAUCAAACAGUUGUUUAUAAAGAGCAAAUCCUUCACAUUGGAGGAUUUAAUUGUGAUGAAGGAACAUCUGAUCUGAUCAGUGAAACAAAGAUCUCUGGCUCCACAUCUUUUGUUUUAAAAAAGAUGUGUCAUAUGCCUGAACCUCGACGGAAUCAUGGAGCUAAAGUUGUUGAUGAUAAAGUUCUUAUUAUUGGAGGAAGAGGAAAUGAUCUCAAAAUACUAUCUAGUGUUUUGGAGUUUAAUCCAAUAACUUGUACAUUUAAGGAAAUGCCUCAAUUGCCUUAUCCAUUGUAUAAAAUGUGCGCUGUGAGCUGGAGAGAUCAAGUUGUUCUUCUUGGAGGUUUUAAUGAUGUUGGAGAAGCAUUGAACAAAGUUAUCAUGUAUGACGGCAAGACAGGUAAGUGUACAGUCUUACCAUCCAUGUUGGAAAAGAGAUCUGAGUGUUGUGCAGUUAUAACAGAUGAUACAAUUGUUGUCAUGGGGGGUGAGAAUGAUAAAGGUGAACAUCUCAAAUCAGUGGAAUGUUUUGAAAUGGGAAGCAGUUCUUCAUGGACAUAUCUUCCUUCAAUGAAUGAACCACGACAGGGAGCCAUUGCUGAAGUUUUCUCAUUGAACAAAAGUAUAUCUGUCUAGAAUAAAAUGUAUUAACUAACAUAUUAUGUAUUACUGAUGCUGAUUUGAAAACAAUGUUACAUAAGAUUUCAGUUUUAGCAAUUUGUAUUUAAAUGCUCAGCUGCUUUAGUUACGACUAGAUUUGAGAACCUACAUGUGACAGUCAUCUUCUGGAGAAAUAUUAAAGGAAGAUUUUCUUCUUUUAAUGGAUUAAAAAUGUUGAGAGAAAAA